CACCCCGCCCCCGGUCCUUCCUGCGGUCGUCCGCCCCGACCCGCGCAUUCACACCCACGUCCCCGGCGCGUCGCACGCGGCCAUGGCGGACGCCGAGCUGCAGCUGGUGGCGGAGCGGAUCCGCAGCUUCCCCGACUUCCCCGCGCCGGGCGUGCUGUUCAGGGACGUGUCGCCGCUGCUGAAGGACCCCGCCGCCUUCCGCGCCUCCAUCCGCCUCCUGGCGCGGCACCUGCGCGCGGCGCACGGCGGCCGCUUCGACUACGUGGCCGGCCUGGACUCGCGAGGCUUCCUGUUCGGGCCGAGCCUGGCGCAGGAGCUGGGCCUGGGCUUCGUGCUCAUCCGCAAGCGCGGGAAGCUGCCGGGCCCCACCGUGAGCGCCUCGUACUCGCUGGAGUACGGGAAGGCUGAGCUGGAGAUCCAGAGAGACGCCCUGGAGCCCGGGCAGAAGGUGGUGGUCGUGGACGACCUGCUGGCCACUGGGGGAACCAUGCGAGCUGCCUGUGACCUGCUGGGCCAGCUGCAGGCCGAGGUGCUGGAGUGCGUGAGCCUGUUGGAGCUGACCUCCCUGCGAGGCCGCGAGAAGCUGGGGACAGUGCCCUUCUUCUCCCUCCUGCAGUACGAGUGACCUCGUGGCCUCCCAGUUUCUCUUCAGCCUGGGGCCACCGAAGUGACCUUUGCUGGGCACCACGGCCACUGGCUGGCCAGUGACGCCCUGGGCCCCUCCUGGAAGUGCCAAAGCCUGGAGCACAGCCCCGUGUGCUACCUGUGUCCAGUUAAAAACCUCGGCAGUCAGCAAGAAGCUGGGCGUGCUGGCUCAUACCCAUAAUCCUCCCACUCUGGGAGGAUUGCCCAAGGUCAGGAGUUCAAGACCAGCCUGAGCAAGAGCGAGACCCCGUCUCUACUAAAAA